UCCCAGUCCAUGCUGCUGCACGUGGGUAAAAAAGAUGGCGGAUGACGGCCAAAAGGUUGAUCGCUGAAAUAGCUGCUAAAUUGCGCUUCCUCUGCUAUUCAAGGAUAACUUGAACGAUGCAUUAGUUAUUAAUGCUACUAUUUUGAAAUCUAGUUAUGAAUUUUAUCCGUGGAGGACUGGCGUUUGGAAAAUGUGCGUGUUUUCGUCGCCUGUUUUUUGCUUGGAGCGGUCGAGGUCAUUUAGAGUUUGCAAGAUCUUACAUUGGAGCUAUGCAGCGAAGGGCAGAUAUCUUUGAGAGAGUUACAAGUUGGUACCCAAGAAGAAGAUGCGGUGUUUCAAGUAGCUUAUGUAUAAAGGCGGAAGAUGUGGAUGCGUUUGCAAAACUCAAAGAGAAUAAAGACUUGGUCGACUGUGGAAAUGUCGAGACAGUAUUUGAAGCUGAGGGAGCGUCUUCGCCAAAUGUAAACAAUGUGGUAUCAGGCGAUUGCAACUGUAAUGGUGAAAUAGAAGAAGAAAGUAAAAUUGAAACUGUAAAAGAGAAGCUUGGGCAUUCAUUUGAGAAAAUUGAAGCAGUUUCUGUUGAAACACGCACCGAAAAUAAUCUUUCUGAUUUUGAAUCAACUGUCGGUGAUGGUUCAGCAUCUGUUGACCAUAUUCCUAAUAUUGGUGUAUUGGACGAUUACCCAGAUGUUCCUCUAGAUCAGAAGUUUAUUCUUCCCCCAAACUGGCGAGGAAUGAACAUCACUAAAGAAGGUGUAAAAUUCAGUGGUGAAAUCAUCAUAAUCUCAGACCCCAAAGAUGAGGCAAAGCAUAGGGAUGUAAUUAAGGAGUUUUCCAAAAAGGAUGCCUUAGGAUUUGAUACUGAACAUUGUUCAAGUCAAGGUUUAGUCUGUGUAAUUCAGCUGGCUUCUGCAGACAAGGCCAUUCUGUGGCAUUGUCAUAAUUUUAAUCAUAGAAUGCCGCCUGGUCUUAGGUCUCUACUGACUGGAAAUGUGUACAAGACUGGCCAUGCUUGUCUCCAAGAUGCAAUCAUGAUCUCCAACCAGUUCAAAGUUCAUGCCAAGAAUCUGAUUGACACCUGUCAUUGGGCGAAAGAUCUCCACUGCAUGCCGCGGUCCCUACAGGCAAUGUGUGCUAUAUUUCUUGGGGAGCACCUUUCUAAGAGGCACCAGCAGUCUAACUGGAAAAAGAGUGACUUGUCCCCGGGUCAGGUGGCCUAUGCGGCUACGGAUGCAUGGGUAUCUCUUAGGGUGUACCAGGAAAUGAAAAGGCAUGGUGAGAGGUUAGGUGUGGAUAUGAUGCCACCCUACAGGACCCUUCAGAAUUACACCAACGAUGUGAGAGACAGCAGAAGAUUGAAGCGGCUGCGCUACAAGCGUAGGCAAAAGGAACAACGAAAAAUUGUUAAAGCAGAAACCACAGAUGAUUCUCACAUUGAUGAAAACUCUGGAACUGAAAUAUUGCACGAACAAUCUCAUUCUAACCAGAGCUUUGAGGAUUCUAAAGACCGAAAGACUGGCGAUGAAAGUUCAGAUGAGAUGGAAUCACGGAGUUCUGGUAGUAGAAAAAGAAAUAGGAAAUUUAUAGCAAAGUUUCAUUCCUUAGAAUGAGCUAUAUUGAAGAUAACAUUUUAUAAUUUCAAUACAGGGUAUUUUAGGAUUAGACUAAAAUCAUCAGCUUUCAUGGAGUGUAAAAUGAUGUGAUAUUCCCUUGGGAUUAAUUGCUAUACACUGUUAGUAUUUUUCUUAAGAAGACUCUGAUAUCUAAGGAUUUGUAUCAGUUAACAGCUUUUGUACAUCCAUUUAAUGUAAAUAAACAGAAGUUUAAUGAAGUUUA